AUGCGUGCAAACGAAAAAUAUGAAAGAGAACAACAAAAAUUGGAUGCAAUGACUUUAAAUUCUUUAGCAGCAAGUCAAUAUCAGUUUCAUAUAGCUAGGUCCCCAACGGAUAAUGAUUGGGAUAACCAAAGCUAUUAUGAGGUGUUUUUUGCCUAA